CUGCCAUUUCAGUUUACACAAAGUGUUGUUGCUAGGCAUUCACGGCCAACCUUCAGUAACAGUCGCGUUGGUCGCCAUUUUGUCCAGAACAAUCUUGUACCUCUUGUCGGACAGCAGUGAAAGGUUGAUUAUCGAGAAUUAGUCGUGAACAGUACCGAUCGUGUUCUCCAUAUAUCUUUCUAUACGCUCUGUUCUCCACAAAUCAUGGCUGAGGAGUCGUCGUCUAUCAACUCGCUGCCGGAUGAGUGUGAAUCCCCUGUACCAUCAUCAACGUCUGUAUCUCUUGCCACUGUCGUUGAAGAAAUGACCGAGGCUAUCGAGACCAUUAAGAACACUACCGGACAUUUGUCAGCUGUGAGCGACAACGCAACCAUUCUGCAGACCAAGAUCCUUGAUCCACUUAGUACGUAUGAAACGAAAUCUCAACAGCAGUACUUGGGCGACCAUCUGGCAAAUAUCGGUGCCGCGCAAGUCUUCACCAGUAACAUCGCGUGGCUGCGAGGGAUGGAGCAUGGCGGGUUCUCUGAAGAUACAUGGUCCUACCUGGAGCUCCGGAUCCUAUACCUCUGUUGUCACAACUACUCGGACGGUAGCCAAAAAUUUGCUGAAGAACUAGUGAAGGCCGAAAUUAUUCCUAUCCUGGUGAAGGACCUUCAAAAAUGCAAGGAGACUUGGAGAACUGAUGAGAGAUGUAAGGACACAGCCUCCAAUUCUCUGGGUACUUUGUACAACAUAUCAAGGAUGUCACCAAGCACCAGACCGCUCUUCAGAGAGAACAAGGCGAUAGGAAGUCUGAUUCCUUAUCUGAAGGCGGACAACGAAAAUUUUAAGACCGUUGCUACCUUAACACUGGCGUAUGUAAUUGACGAGAAAAACCUGGGCAUCGUGGCAGAUCCUUCUGUCAUCCGUUUCAUCACUAAUCUGUUUAUUAAGACAGUAGAUGAUGAAACAAAGUUGUGGACAGUAGAGGGCACCUACUUCAGCGCCACAGAGCUGGCCAUGGGGAUAGAGAGACUGGCAGUGAAUGAUACUCCUGAUGAUAACAAUAAGCUAACACUGGUGGAAGAAGGUGUCCUCCCACCUCUGUUCAAACUGAUGACUGAAGGAGACGAAGAGGAGCAGCUCCAUGCAGUCCGGGCCAUCUCACAACUCGCCUUCCAUCCGAGAAACAGGGAGGAGAUCCGGUCAGUCAUCCCACAGCUGCAGGAGUUGAAGAAAAGUGGGAAUCCUGAUAUAACAAAGACCGCUAGCGGAGCUCUUUGGCAACUGCGAGAUGAGGAAUCCCGGAUACAAAAGGGCCAUGUAAUGCUCAGUUAUCAAUGGGACCAUCAGGAAAUCGUGAAGCAGAUCAAAACCGUGCUUGAGUCCAACGGCUACAAGGUGUGGAUGGACAUUUAUGAGAUGGGCGGUUCUACAUUUGAAGCCAUGGCGGGGGCGGUGGAGGGUGCAGCUGUGGUGCUCAUCUGUAUGUCCCGCAAGUACAAGGAGAGCACCAACUGCAGACUAGAGUGUGAAUAUGCAGGCACAAGGCGAACACCAAUCAUUCCACUGAAAAUGGAAGGCAACUACAAACCAGACGGCUGGCUGGGGAUAUUAUCCGGAGCCAACCUGUACUACAACUUCGACAGCGACGAAAGCUUUGAGGACGUGAUGGGCAGACUUAUGAAGGAAAUAGGUGACAGGGGGAAAGGACACACAGCUGCAGUUACAGAGGUCGUUACAGUUCCCCCAAAACCGGAGAGGCCGACGUUUCACGACUGGACACAGAAAGACGUCAGGGUGUGGGCACAGGAGAACCAGCUUGAAUGGCAGCUUGGGACUAGUCUCGACGCGAAGGACCUGCGCUUCCUACAGAUGAUGAAGAAGGAGACUCCAGCCUGGUUCUACAAAAUGAUCAAAGAUGACCAGUUUCUGACGCAUGUCCCUGGCAUGAGGAAGCUGAGUGAUGCGUUGGAUAAGCUGGAGUAG